GAACAGAAACAGCUUAAUAUAGAUGGUUAGGCAAUUAAUUUUCUCUGUUGCUUUCCUGCAAAGCAACCACAACAACAGCCAAGCACACUCUUUUUAUUUUCUCUUUACAGCACCAAAACCACCAAAAAUUUUAUAAGUCAUAAGCAAAUCUUGAGGUGGGUUCGUUUCUAAUAUUGAGAAAAACUAUUUCAUUCUUCAGUUGUCAAUACAGGGAUAUAUAGAAACAUUAUAAUCGCAAAGUUGCAGAAAAGGAGGAGGAAGAACAUAUACAUUGAUCCGGGAAAGAAAUGGCAAGGAGGAAUACAGAAAAGAGGGAAGAGACCGUAGCAGUUGCCAUUGACAAAGACAAAAGCAGCCAAUAUGCACUGAAAUGGACAGUGGAUCAUCUUCUCUCCAGAGGCCAAGCUCUCACACUUCUCCAUGUUAAACAGAAAACAUCUUCCAUCCCCAGCCCAAUGGGAAGCUUUGUUUCUAUGUCUGAUGUGAGUGAGGACGUCGCAAGAACCUACAGUAAACAAAUAGAGAAUCAGGCCAAGGAUUUGUUCCUCCCAUUUCGUUGCUUCUGUACAAGAAAAGAUAUCAAAUGCAAUGAAAUCAUAUUGGAGGAAUCAGAAAUAGCAAAAUCAUUAAUUAACUAUGUUUCUGCCAAUUCAAUUGAAAUUUUGGUACUUGGUGCCCCAUCAAGAGGCGGGAUUGUAAGGAGAUUUAAAACAACAGACGUUCCAAGCAGUGUGUCCAAAGCAGCACCAGACUUCUGUACUGUCUACGUCAUUUCUAAAGGCAAGAUCGCUUCUGUUCGAUCUGCCUCCUCUUCUGCACCCUCAAAAGCUUCUGCUCCUCCAAGGAAUAUACAGCAUCAAGCCAGCAACAUUUCCGAUGGAAGUGACAGCACCCCUUCAAUGCGCAACAAUCAGUUCAGAGAGAGAACACAAUUUACUCCUCGUAUGAUGCCAGACGAAAUGGAAAUCAGGUCACCAUUCACAAGACCCAAAGCUGCAACGAAUAGAUCAUAUGAGCUCUCACCAGAUAGUGACAUAUCGUUUGUGAGUAGUGGAAGGCCAAGUGUGGACCGCAUGUUUCCCUCUUUCUACGAUAGUAUAGAUUCAGGGACGCCUCCCCGUUAUUCAACUGGCUCUGACUUUGACCUGAGAAGUUUUGCAUCGUCUAACAAGUCUAUUGACAUUAGCGCUGCACAGUUGGAAUUCUCAUCAGCCUCAUGUGAUAGUGGAAAAUCAUGGUCAUCUCAAAAUAUGGAUGAAGUGGAAGCUGAGAUGAGGAGACUAAGACUAGAGCUGAAGCAAACAAUGGAUAUGUAUAGUACAGCCUGCAAGGAAGCACUCACAGCCAAGCAGAAGGCAAAUGAACUUCAUCGCUGGAAGUUGGAAGAACAACAGAAAUUAGAAGAGGCACGACUAUCUGAAGAAGCUGCAUUGGCACUUGCAGAGAAGGAGAAAGCAAAGUGCAAGGCAGCCAUUGAAGCAGCCGAAGCAGCUCAAAGGAUCGCUGAGCUGGAAGCACAAAAAAGAAUGAAUGCAGAAAUGAAAGCCCAUAGAGAAGCUGAAGAGAGGAAGAAAGCACAAGGCACUGGAGUCCACACAGAUCUCAGGUAUAGGAAAUACACAAUUGAGGAGAUUGAGAAGGCAACAGACGAUUUCACAGAAACUCGAAAGAUUGGAGAAGGAGGUUAUGGACCAGUAUAUAGAGGUGAACUGGAUCACACUGCAGUUGCCAUCAAAGUUCUACGUCCAGAUGCAGCUCAAGGACGGUCCCAGUUUCAGCGUGAGGUUGAAGUACUAAGUUGCAUACGACAUCCCAACAUGGUUCUACUUCUUGGAGCCUGUCCUGAAUUUGGCUGCCUAGUUUAUGAGUACAUGGCUAACGGAAGCUUAGAAGACCGUCUCUUCCGACGAGGUAACAGCCCAGUUCUUUCUUGGCAGCUGAGAUUUAGAAUCGCUGCAGAAAUUGGCACUGGCCUCCUAUUCCUUCAUCAAACCAAGCCAGAACCUAUUGUACACCGUGAUUUAAAACCUGGUAAUAUUUUGCUAGACCGCAACUUUGUCAGCAAGAUUAGCGAUGUAGGUUUGGCCAGGCUUGUUCCUCCAUCGGUGGUUGACACAGUAACUCAGUAUCGCAUGACAUCAACAGCUGGCACAUUUUGCUAUAUCGACCCAGAAUAUCAGCAAACCGGCAUGCUUGGAACAAAAUCAGAUGUUUACUCACUAGGCAUCAUGCUUCUACAAAUAAUAACAGCCAAGCCACCAAUGGGUUUGACUCAUCAUGUUGAGAGAGCUAUUGAGAGAGGUACUUUCAGUGAAAUGCUUGACCCAGCUGUUACUGACUGGCCAGUUGAAGAGGCUUUAGUAUUUGCCAAGAUAGCUCUUCAAUGCGCCGAACUGAGGCGAAAAGACAGACCUGAUCUUGGAAAGGUUGUGCUGCCUGAGCUUAACAGGUUGAGAGUAUUAGCAGAAGAAAGCAUGUCAGGCAGCAUCAUGGGCUAUGGUUCCGCAUCCUCAUCAAGUCUAAGCUCACCUUCUGCAACACCACUGACAAGUGAGGCUCAACUAUCACAAUCCGGCUAUGAUAGCUCAAGAAGCCGUUCAAGCACAUCAUCAGCUGGGGGAAGAAGGAACUUCUAAUUCAAAUGAAUUUUAUUUGUUCAAAAUUAUUUCAUUCAAAAGUAACUGGAAGAGUUCAAAUCUGCUGAAAACAUGCCAAAAA